AUGGGCGCGUACUACGACGAGAUCGAAAUCGAGGACAUGGCCUGGGACGAGGCGAAGGGCGUGUACCACUACCCGUGCCCGUGCGGGGACCGGUUCGAGAUAUCGCGCCAGCAGCUCAGGGACUAUGAGGAUAUUGCGACGUGUCCGAGUUGCAGUCUUAUCAUACGAGUGAUUUAUGAUCCGCUGGAUUUUCAGGAUGAUGACGACGAGGAUCAGGGGAGCGGGGAGGGGGAGGUGAAGGAGAGUGAGGAGAGCGGGAGUGAGAGUGGGGAUGAGCAGUUCGAGGAUGCGCUCGAGAAGCUCGAGAUUUCGGAGGGUCCGCAGGUUAUUGCUGCUGCUGCGUGA